AUGACACCGUCAGCACCAGAUGAUGCCCUCGCCCUCCUAACCCGCCUCAGCCAGAAGCCCGGCGUCCAAAGUACCCUCGUUCUCUCCCGCGAGACCGGCGCCAUCGUUCGAACCUCCGGCCUCAUCUCUACCAGCAGCAGAGCGAACGCCAACGGCACGCUACCCACCUCAGACGACACGUCCGAAAGUUACGGCAACGGAAGGAAGGAGAGCGGUAUACAAAGUGCUGAAGAUGUCGCCCGCUCGGUGUGGACGUUUGUCGAGGCGGCUGGAACUAUGAUCCGGGGAUUGGAUGGGGAAGAUGAAGCGAAGCUGUUGAGGGUUAGAACGAAGAAGAACGAGCUAGUCAUUGUGCCUGAUGCGAAGUUCCUCUUAGUCGUUAUUCAUGACACACCACCAGCUUGA